GUACACAGUGUGCUCGCAGCCCCCGGCAGCGCGGCAUGGGUGGCGCGCUGCUGCUAGCGCUGCUGGCGGCGGCGCGGGCCGGCGAGCCUAACGCGACCAACGUCACCGCCGACCCCGACCUCGAGGAGAAGACGCCGCUCUUCCCCACCGACCUCUUCACCGAGGAGCAGCGACGCUCCGGUGCCGUCAUCUUCCACGUGAUAGGCAUGGGUUACAUGUUCGUCGCCCUCGCGAUCGUCUGCGACGAGUUCUUCGUGCCGGCGCUCGACGUGAUCAUCGAGCGGCUCGCGAUCCGCGACGACGUCGCCGGCGCGACGUUCAUGGCCGCCGGCGGCUCCGCGCCCGAACUGUUCACCUCCAUCAUCGGCGUGUUCGUCUCGUUCGACGACGUCGGUAUCGGGACGAUCGUCGGCUCGGCCGUGUUCAACAUCCUGUUCGUGAUCGGUGCUUGCGCGCUCUUCUCGCGCACGACGCUCAGCCUGACGUGGUGGCCGCUGUUCCGCGACUGCACCUUCUACUCGAUCAGUCUGCUCGUGUUGAUAUACUGUUUCCGUGAUAGCGAAAUAUACUGGCAGGAAGCCCUGGUGCUGUUCUCCCUGUACGGGGCGUACGUGUUGUUCAUGCGAUGGAACCAGCCCGUCGAGAGGGCGCUCAAGAAGCUGAUAUACAAGAACAAGGUGACGAGAGUGAGGAGUACAGAUCAGCUGAUGCCCACGCACCAGACUGCCGCUCAGACAUUGCACGGCAACGCGACAACAUCGAGCGAGACGUCAGUCGGCACGAACACGGCGACGGUGGCGGCCGCGCCGGGAAGCAGUAAAGCGCCCACUGCUAAGUUCAGACAUGGAUUGCUGCAGCUCAUGAUCCACACGAUCGAUCCGAUGCACGACGGUGAGUUAGGUAAAGUAGACGAGAAAGCGACGCAACUGCACGCUAUCGCGUCUCUCAAAGUGCUGCUCGAAGCAACCAAGCCGACGGCUGGCGGCGCGGGCGCAGCGGCCGCGAAGAAUGCAGCUGCAACCGCCAAGGAGACCCCGCUCGAUCUGCCGAACGGGGGCUUGGCUGAUGUUCAGCUGGAUGUUAUAGAAGAGAUAGGAGACCUAGAGGACGACACGACGCCGUUGGACAUGUCAUGGCCCUCUGGUUUCCGCAAGCGAAUAACGUAUCUGUUAGUCGCGCCAAUUGUCUUCCCGUUAUGGAUGACCCUCCCGGACACGAGGACACCGAGAGGGAAGAAGUUUUUCCCCGUAACAUUUAUAGGUUCGAUAGUAUGGAUAGCGUUUUUCUCCUACCUCAUGGUGUGGUGGGCAAAUGUGGCGGGGGCAACCGCUUACGUGCCCCCAGAGGUCAUGGGGCUAACGUUGCUCGCUGCGGGCACUUCUGUGCCUGACCUUAUAACUUCUGUGAUCGUGGCCAGAAAGGGCUUCGGAGAUAUGGCCGUGUCCAGCUCUGUUGGGAGCAAUAUAUUCGACGUAACUGUAGGGCUGCCGCUACCAUGGCUCCUAUACGGUCUGAUCUACGGGGAGCCAGUCCAGGUGAACUCGAAAGGUAUGGUCUGCAGCAUCGUGCUGCUGUUCGCGAUGUUACUCUUCGUGAUCCUCAGUAUCGCCUGCUUCAGGUGGAAGAUGAACAAGGGACUCGGCUUCACGAUGUUCCUGCUGUACUUCGUCUUCGUCGCCGUCAGUUUGGGCCUCGAAUACGGCUACCUACAUUGUCCAAGCGAAUAGGACCGUUCCAGAAACAAGCGUACUUAUGACGUAGUGGAUAGAAUAAUACUUGUUUUGUAUUUUAGACGUUUUACUGUUUUACCACAAAUUUAGACACGGUUUAACUUUAAACGCGGGUUCUCUUUAAUCUGGUUUUGUCGUAUUUCACAUAGGGCCGAUUUUUCAAUCCUUGGUUAAAAUGUAUCCGUCUAAUAAAGUAUUACACGAACAUAUUAAAAU